AUGAAAGCUGCUCUUGCUGUUAUCUUCUUUGCCUGCAUUGCUGGCUCCAUGGCUACCAAUCCUGCUCAAGUUUUGGGCGAAAUGGUUGCACAAGGUCAAAGCCUUAUUAACACAAUCGUCAAUCAAGUUAAACAACAAGCUCUUGGUCUUGCACAACAAGUUCUUGGUCAACUCUCAUCAGUUGUUAGUUCACUUGCUGGCCGAUCUAACCCUGCUUUGAACAUUCAAUCACUCAUUAAUGCAGCCCUCGGCACAUUAACAGGUGUUUUGAACAAUGCCGCUGCACAAGCUCUUGGUCAACUUAACGGUCUUCUCAGCAAUGUCUCCGGUCUCUUCGGUGGUGGUCGUGGAAUUGACCUUGGCAACAUAUUUAGCGAGUUCCUCCAGAGUAUUCAAGGAGCAGCUACUGGACUUGGUCAACAUUUACUUAACCAAGGUUUAGCUGCUGUUCUUGGUGGCCUCGGUGGAGCACGUGCCUUUAAUGACAUCUUCGCGAGUCUCUCACAACAAUUCGCUAACAUCGUUGGAACAGCUCAAGCUGCUAUCUCAGGUGUUGUAGGCAAUAUUGUUCAAGUUGGUUCAGGCCUUCUUGAUGCCUCAAAACCACACUGGGAACAACUUCAAGAACAACUUGUUGGUCAUGGUCUCAAUGUUCUUGGUUCACUCUCGGAAACCAUCAACAACCUUCAUGGUUCAAUCACCGGUGGUCGUUAA